UCACAAUAAAAGGAUGAUAAUUAUCCCGGGAAAUUUAUAUAGGCUAAUUAAUCUUUACAUGCAAUAUGGACAUUGAACAGUAAAAUCAUGCGAUGUAAUAUGUACGCGAUUGUUUGACAAUCGUGAUCACCUGAAGGACGCAUGCGCGUAUCUCGAAAAAUCACGUGACGCGCGUGCACCUUUUUUAUUGGAUCGUAGAAAGGCGCGCGCGAUCGUCUAUUUUUCAUUCAAGAUCUCAGCCUCACUAUGCCGCCACCAGCUUCAGACGAGUUCUUCUGUCUUUUUGAAUUUGAAAGCGAUGACAGCGUCGAAAUUGGACCAUUUUCUUGGAUAUUAGACACGGACAAGGAUGUGGAUCCUGAAAGCUAUGUCGAUCAAGCUGUUGAAGUUAUGUGGGUCAGUGGCAGCAAAACGGAGAAGUAUCGAGCAACAGUGUUGGCUGUAAAUAGAUCCAAGGAUAAUCUCAUCAGAAAAAGGAACAAGAUGUGUGACGGGCAAUCAAUGGAGACUGAUAAGGAAACUGGGAGAGGGAAGAGAAAGAAGAAACCAACACGCACAUACAUGUAUUCAUCUUCGGAGUUGGAGACGGAUGAUGAGGAGCCUCAACCAAAAGAAACAAAGAAAUCAAAAUCAAAAAUUUCACAGUGCAAUGAGAUGGCCAGGGAUCUCAGGAAGCAAAUGUUUGGUGCCAAUGAAACGAAAAAAUCAAAUGGACGUACGGCAACGGGAAGUGGAACAAGUGGUGAGAUAAUUGACCUGAAAAAGCAGUUGGAGAAAUCAAGGAGAGAGACUGAGGAUCUGCAGGUGAAGCUGACUAAGGAGAAGGCAGUUAGGGAAAAGAUACAGCAACAGCUGUUGUUUUUGCAAGGAGUGCCUAAAUUCAUCUAAACCUUUAAAGGGUUCAUAGUGGAUAUGGAGGAGAUGUCGAGACUCAAGGCUGAUCAUGAAGAGAUGCACUGUCCAUCAGGAGGGUCAUCUACAUCAUCCUCGCCCGCUCGUUCCUCGCCCGCUCGUUCCUCCACCCAGUCCUCCACCCAAUCCUCGCCAUCAUCAGCACGACCACAGUCCCAACAGAUUGCCCUUGGAUCGAAGGUCUCUCUUAGUCGAAACGUCCUCGACAGGUGCAACGCUGGUGAUUUUCGCAAGUACACCUGCGAUUUGAUGCUGGCGGUGUUCGGCAGGCCUACCCUACUGACCUCGUCACUGACUGGUGCGAAGAAUGUGGCAGGUCGCGCAAAGCCACCUCUGGACAGUGACAAGCUUCAGGGGAUAAUUAGUCAUGUCAAGUCAAAGUUCCCAGGAGUGUCAUCAUCGGAAAUCCGCAUCGUUAUGCGGAACAAAGUUGGCAACGAAAUUAAGUUGGCCAAACGUAGAUCUCAACCGAAAGAGAACCAAGCCAAAGAAAACCAAGCCAAAGAAUUAAACCAAGAACCACAAGAUGAGACCGAAUGAAGCACUUUGUCAAGAUGACUAAUUAAUUAAUAAUGAGCUAAGUCUUGUUACUUACUAAUUAUCCCCUGUUCACUGUCCAGAGGAGGCAAAUUUGCGCGACCUGCCACAUUCUUCGCACCAUUCAGUGACGAGGUCAGUAACAUGGGCCUGCCGAACACUGCCAGCAUCAGAGGACUUAACAAGCACAUGCAUAUUCUGUUCCAAAUAUAAUUUAGUAUGAUCAUCAUGAUGCGACCUAUCCGAGUAUGCCAUGUUUGGUACGUUUCUGGCACUUCUGAAUCGCCCGUCGCUCCUGUGUAUUUUUUUGGUUGAUUGGAAUAUGUUUUAGACCACAGGCAUUGCUAC